AUGGAUUUGUACGCAAUCCACAAGUCAUUUCUUGACUUGCAAUCAGAUCUCAACCGGGGCGAUGCCGACAGUCCGACCGAUGUCCAGCAGUCGAGAAGCCGGGAGGAAAUGGCCCGUCUGAGUAAACUCAUCAACAUGGCCAUUUUCAAAGGGAUGGUGCCGUCCAACCGACAGGCGACGUACGACGUCAAUUACGACAGCAGCGACUCGGUUGAAGAAUUACUGGCCCCGCUGCUCCCGUACUUGAAUGACGAUGGCCAUCCGUCGCCAUUGACUCCGACAAAGCCCAGCAGCACGGAAUUCAAUCCCAGUUUACUAUUGCCAUUUGGCGGACGUGGCGGCGGCUCGUCCAGCCAAAACACUUUGAAUUCAGCCAAUCAUUCCGGAGGAUCGUCCAGAGUCACCUUGGCCGAUCAGUUUACGUGGGGAGCUGUCGUUUGCGCUGGCGUCUUUGUGGUAGUUUUCAUUUGCGUCAUGGCUGCCUGGUGGGUUCACAAGAAACAGCAGUCCCGUGUCAGCCGUCGAUCUGCGCAUAGAGAAGCCCGAAGGCAAAUGGCCGAAGGAGGUCCUUACUGCAUUGAAAAUGACGUCAGAGGCCCUGGCAACGUUCCAAUCGGUGACAUUCAACGGCCGCCUUCCUAUUUUGAAGUGAUCGGAUUCUUUGAUCCACCUCCUUCCUACAGCGACGUUUUGGGCGAAGGAUCCGGCCAGCUGGAACCCAACCAACAACAACAGGCUUACGAUAACGUCGUGGUGGUGACAAUGGACGAGCUUCCUCCGCCCUUUGUGGAAGGGGAUUACAUUAAAUCGGUUGAGAAGAAUGUCGUCGAAGAAGAAGAGUCGAUCAUUGCUGCUGAACCCCAAACGAGUGCCAUAAGUAGUCUCCCCCCAAAUAACACUGCGACUGUGAUAGCCGGACGCGAAGGACAUCAGCAGGAAGGAUCGAAUUCUUGAAUUGAAAUAUUCUAUUUGAUUUACUUUAUCGAUCGCCUGACUCUUGAUUCGAAAAAAGCUAAAAAAGAAAAAGAAAAAGUGUUUUCCAUGCAACAGUGCCUUACUUUGUAUAUUUAUAAAGAAAAAGAAAUCUCGACCACAAAUCCCCUCCCUCUUGUGUACAACAAUGUGUAUAUGACCAUGACGCGUCAUAAUAUAAAUAAAUUCUUGGAAAUGA